GGGGGUCACGUGGUGCGCAGCACGCAGAGUCCUUCUGUCGGUUGGUCCUGGAGCGGCGCAGCCGGAGCGGGGCCGUGAGGAGAAUAAAGGCAGCCCCGUUGAUGACUGAAAAUGACAAAGCAUCCACCUAACAGACGAGGAAUCAGCUUUGAAGUGGGAGCCCAGUUGGAAGCCCGGGACCGAUUAAAAAACUGGUAUCCAGCUCACAUAGAAGACAUUGACUACGAAGAAGGAAAAGUACUCAUCCAUUUCAAGCGCUGGAAUCAUCGUUAUGAUGAGUGGUUCUGCUGGGACAGUCCUUAUUUACGUCCUUUAGAAAAAAUACAACUGAGGAAAGAGGGCUUACAUGAAGAAGAAGGAUCUUCUGAAUUUCAAAUAAAUGAGCAGGUCCUUGCUUGCUGGUCUGAUUGUCGUUUUUACCCAGCCAAAGUCACUGCUGUUAACAAGGAUGGUACUUACACUGUGAAAUUUUAUGAUGGAGUAGUUCAGACUGUCAAACAUAUUCAUGUCAAAGCUUUUUCCAAAGAUCAGAAUAUUGUGGGUAAUGCUAGGCCUAAAGAAACAGAUCACAAAAGUCUUUCAUCAUCUCCUGAUAAACGAGAGAAGUUUAAAGAACAGAGAAAAGCCACGGUCAAUGUGAAGAAAGACAAAGAGGAUAAAGCCAUAAAAACAGAAAAGCGACCCAAGCAGCCUGAUAAAGAAGGAAAACUAAUUGGCUCUGAAAAAGGAAAGGUAUCAGAGAAAAACCUUCCCAAGAACGAGAAGGAAGAUAAGGAGAACAUUUCGGAAAAUGACAGGGAGUAUUCUGGAGAUGCCCAACUGGAUAAGAAACCUGAAAAUGACAUUGUGAAGAAUCCACAAGAAAACUUGAGGGAACCUAAAAGAAAACGAGGCAGACCCCCUUCCAUAGCUCCUACUGCUGUGGAUGCAAACUCUCAAACUUUGCAACCAAUCACAUUGGAAUUGAGAAGACGGAAAAUAUCAAAAGGAAAUGCAGUCCCAUUAAAACGUCCUCGACUUGACAAAAAUUCAUCCCAAGAAAAGUCAAAAAACUACUCAGAAAAUACUGACAAAGAUUUAUCAAGGAGACGGUCCUCCAGGCUGUCCACAAAUGGGACCCAUGAGAUCCUAGAUCCUGACUUGGUCGUAUCAGGUUUGGUUAAUACAGUUGAUACGGAUCCUUUGCAAGAUACAUCAUCUAGUGCCAAGGAAUCUGAAGAAGGUCAGUUGAAAUCUUCUUUGGAAGCUGCACAGGUCUCAUCUGCACUAAUUUGCCACUCUUUUGGGGAUGGACUGGGGGCUGCAGGUUUGGAAUUGAACUGCAAGUCAAUGGGAGAAAACGCUGUGAAAACGGAACCGGCCUCUUCCCUUGCCGAAUUACAGGAGAUUUCGACUAUUACAGUAACAAAUACUUUUAAGAAAACGAAUGAUUUUGUGACAUCUAAAAUACCAGCUAUUGACCUGGACCACAAGUUUAGAUGCAAGGUUGUGGACUGUUUAAAAUUUUUCCGCAAAGCCAAACUAUUGCACUAUCACAUGAAGUAUUUCCAUGGAAUGGAGAAGUCACCAGAGCCAGAAGAGAAUCCAGGGAAGAGGCAUGUCCAGACACGGGGUUCCUCAGUUUCAGACAAGGCCAGCCAGGACAGCCUGGCCAGGAAGCGGGUCUCAGCCAGUUCCCCAACUGUGAAAGACAAGGAAAAGAAUAAAGAGAAGAAGUUCAAAGAGUUUGUGAGAGUGAAGCCAAAGAAAAAAAAGAAAAAGAAAAAGAAAGCAAAACCUGAAUGCCCCUGCAAUGAGGAAGUCAGUGACACUUCCCAAGAACCUUCUCCACCUAAGGCAUUUGCUGUUACCAGGUGUGGGACCUCACACAAGCCUGGGGUCCACAUGAGCCCACAACUCCAUGGCCUAGAAUCUGGAAACCACAAAGGAAAAGUGAAAGUAUCUGAGGAGGAUAACCUGAGUGAGUCCUCUUCUGAGAGCUUUCUUUGGAGUGAUGAAGAGUGUGGCCAAGAUGUUGAUGUGACCACCAACCCAGAUGAGGAACUCGAUGGGGAUGACCGUUACGAUUUUGAGGUGGUCCGCUGCAUCUGUGAGGUCCAGGAGGAAAAUGACUUCAUGAUUCAGUGUGAAGAGUGCCAGUGCUGGCAGCAUGGGGUCUGCAUGGGAUUACUGGAAGAAAAUGUGCCUGAGAAAUACACCUGUUAUGUUUGCCAAGACCCUCCAGGUCAGAGGCCGGGUUUCAAGUAUUGGUAUGACAAGGAAUGGUUGAGCAGGGGACACAUGCAUGGCCUGGCAUUUCUGGAAGAGAACUACUCCCAUCAGAACGCCAAGAAGAUCGUGGCCACCCACCAGCUUCUUGGUGAUGUGCAGAGAGUGAUCGAGGUCCUGCAUGGCCUGCAGCUCAAGAUGAGCAUCUUGCAAAGCAGGGAGCAUCCUGAUCUGCAGCUGUGGUGUCAGCCUUGGAAACAGCGCUCAGGGGAGGGACAGUCUCAUUCCAAACACAUCCAUGUUGCUGAAGCCAAGAGCAAGGAGAUUCCAAGCUAUAGAACUUUGAAUGGGGCAUUGGAGAAGCCCCUGCCCCUGCCCCUGUCCCGGUCUGUGGAGGAGUCCUAUAUCACCAGUGAGCACUGCUACCAGAAGCCCCGUGCUUAUUACCCUGCUGUGGAGCAGAAGCUGGUGGUGGAGACCCGGGGCUCUGCGCUUGAUGAUGCCGUCAACCCUCUCCAUGAGAACGGUGAUGAUUCCCUCUCCCCACGCUUGGGCUGGCCUCUAGACCAAGACAGGAACAGGGGGGACAGUGAUGUCAAAACCAGCUCCCCAAAGGUAAGGGAAUAUGUGUCCAAAAAGAUCUCACCAGAAGAAGCCCCUGCUCGGAAGCUGCUGGACAGAGGUGGAGAAGGGCUGCUGAGCUCCCAGCACCAGUGGCAGUUUAACCUGCUGACCCAUGUAGAGUCUCUUCAGGACGAAGUCACCCAUAGGAUGGACUCCAUUGAGAAAGAGCUGGAUGUGUUGGAGAGCUGGCUGGACUAUACGGGGGAACUGGAGCCCCCAGAGCCGCUGGCCAGGCUGCCACAGCUCAAGCAUUGCAUCAAGCAGCUGCUGACCGACCUGGGCAAGGUGCAACAGAUUGCCCUCUGCUGUUCCACAUGAAACUUGGCACCCAAAACUAAUGGGGGCACAAUUCUGGGGUGCCAGCAGGAGAAGCUUCACAUAUUUAAAUAAAUAAAACUAGCAUGCUG